GAAGCGAGUGGCUAUCCACUACAAGGACCACAACGAAAACACGCUAGGCCCAGUGUGGUACACGAAGCCGCGAUCGGUGACGUCAAUAAUCCGUCGAUUCAAGUUCGGAAAGGACGCAUACUUCGGCUUCUCUGGACUGCGUGUGUCCCCUCAAACGUCACGGUUGGUCGCAUGGCAGUCCAACGUCUCGGCAGUGCCGCUACUGGCGCCGAUAGGUUCCACUCUAGGAGCAAAACAGCUACCACCGUUGUUCAACGCGGAGACAGACACGAC